CUUUCGCUUCGCCUCUCUCCUCCCCCUCCCCCUUUAUUUCCCAUCUCCUCCGCCCACUUCGCAACUCCGCCUGUCUCCCUCCCCCCAGACGGCGUCCCUCCGGCCUCCCGCCUCCAACCCUCCUUUCUCUGGAUGCCUCCAAGGUCCUCUGCAGCUCGCCGCUUGUGGAACUCCAGACACUUUUCCUACCCUCAAUCGCCGGCCCUCCGUUCCUUCUCCCUGUCAGGCGCCUCGGCGGCGAUUGCCCCUCAUUCAGCCUCCCCCUCGCCACGCUUCCCCUCGCUUCGCCCGCGCUCGCCGCACGCCUUCGUCUCCCCGCCCGUCCCUCUCCGUGCCAGCUACUCCUCCUCCUCCUCCUCCGCCGCCGCCGCGACCAUGGGCUCCGUUCAGCGCAUCGCCGAGAGCUUGGAGAAGCCUGAGCUCGACGACCGCUCAUAUCGCGUCAUCCGCCUGCCCAACAAGCUAGAAGCCCUGUUGGUCCACGAUCCCGACACGGAUAAGGCCAGUGCCGCCGUCAACGUCAAUGUCGGCAACUUUUCCGACGCCGACGACAUGCCCGGCAUGGCCCACGCCGUCGAGCAUCUGCUCUUCAUGGGCACCAAGAAGUACCCCCUAGAAAAUGCCUACAACCAAUACCUGACCGCCCACUCCGGUUCCUCCAACGCCUAUACCGCCGCCACUGAGACCAACUAUUUCUUCGAGGUCGCCGCCACCGCUGCCUCCGCGGAGGACAAGCAGGCCGCCAAUACGGGCGCCGCGGACGCGAACGGCGCCGUCACCCCCGAGUCGACCCAGCCGGCCUCCCCGCUAUACGGCGCCCUGGACCGCUUCGCACAGUUCUUCGUGGAACCCCUGUUCCUGGAAUCGACCCUGGACCGCGAGCUGCAGGCCGUCGACUCGGAGAACAAGAAGAACCUGCAGAGCGACCUGUGGCGUCUGAUGCAGCUCAACAAGACCCUGUCGAACCCCGCCCACCCGUACCACCACUUCUCCACCGGCAACCUGCAGACCCUGAAAGAGGGGCCGCAGCAGCGGGGCCUGGAGGUGCGCAAUGAGUUCAUCAAGUUCUACAAAAAACACUACUCGUCCAACCGCAUGAAGCUGGUGCUGCUCGGACGCGACUCCCUGGACGAGAUGGAGCAGUGGGUGGCCGAGCUGUUCUCCGACGUCAAGAACCAGGACCUCCCCCAGAACCGCUGGGAUGACGUGCAGCCCUGCACCCCGGAUCACCUGGGGAAGCUGAUCUUCGCCAAGCCCGUCAUGGACAUGCGCUCGCUCGACAUCUACUUCCCCUUCAUGGACGAGGAGGCCCUGUACGAGUCCCAGCCGAGCCGCUACCUCAGCCACCUGAUCGGCCACGAGGGGCCGGGCAGUAUCUUGUCCUACAUCAAGGCGAAAGGCUGGGCGAAUGGCCUGUCCGCCGGCGUGAUGCCUGUCUGCCCCGGGUCGGCCUUCUUCACCAUCUCGAUCCGCUUGACCCCCGAGGGCUUGAAGCAGCACCGCGAGGUCUCUCGCGUGAUCUUCGAAUAUAUCGCCAUGAUCAAGGAGCGCGAGCCGGAGCAGUGGAUCUUCGAUGAGAUGAAGAACCUGGCCGAGGUCGAGUUCCGGUUCAAGCAGAAGUCUCCCGCCAGCCGAUUCACCAGUCGCCUGAGCAGCGUGAUGCAAAAGCCGUACCCCCGCGAGUGGCUGCUCAGCUGCAACCUCCUGCGCAAGUUCGACGCGGAGUCGGUCAAGAAGGCCCUGUCCUACUUCCGCCCCGACAACUUCCGCAUGGUUAUUGUCGCCCAGGACUACCCCGGGGACUGGAACUGCCGCGAGAAGUGGUACGGCACCGAGUACCGGAUCGAGGACAUCCCGCAGGACUUCAUGGCCAGCAUCCGCCAGGCGCUGGAGACCUCCCCGGAGAACCGACUGCCCGACCUGCACAUGCCGCACAAGAACGAGUUCGUCCCGACCCGGCUCUCCGUGGAGCGCAAGGAGGUGUCGGAGCCGGCCAAGACCCCGAAGCUGAUCCGCCACGACGACCACGUCCGCCUGUGGUACAAGAAGGAUGACCGCUUCUGGGUGCCCAAGGCGACCGUCCAUGUGACGCUGCGGAACCCCUUGGUGUGGGCCACUCCGGCCAACCUGGUCAAGGCGAAGUUCUACUGCGAGCUGGUGCGCGACGCGCUGACCGAGUACUCCUACGACGCCGAGCUGGCCGGUCUCGACUACCAGCUGUCCGCCAGCAUUUUCGGGUUGGACAUCACGGUGGGCGGCUACAACGACAAGAUGUCGGUCCUCCUGGAGAAGGUGCUUACCAGCAUGCGGGAGCUGUCCGUCAAGCCGGAUCGGUUUCAUAUCAUCAAGGAGCGCCUCACGCGGGGCUACAAGAACGCGGAGUACCAGCAGCCGUUCUACCAGGUCGGGGACUACACCCGGUACCUGACCGCCGAGCGCACCUGGCUCAACGAGCAGUACGCCGCCGAACUGGAACACGUGGAGGCGGAGGACGUGUCGUGCUUCUUCCCCCAGAUCCUGCGCCAGAACCACAUCGAGGUGCUGGCCCACGGCAACCUGUACAAGGAGGAUGCGCUGCGCAUGACCGACCUGGUGGAGUCGACCCUGCAGAGUCGCACCCUGCCCGAAUCCCAGUGGCACGUGCGCCGCAACAUCAUCCUGCCUCCGGGGACCGAUCAUAUCUACGAGCGCACGCUCAAGGACCCCGCUAAUGUCAACCACUGCAUCGAAUACUACCUGUACAUCGGCAACAUGGACGACAGCGCGCUGCGGGCUCGGCUGCUGCUGUUCGCGCAGAUGACGGAUGAGCCGGCCUUCGACCAACUGCGCAGCAAGGAGCAGCUGGGCUAUGUGGUCUGGAGCGGCGCCCGCUACUCCGCGACGACCAUGGGCUACCGGGUCAUCAUCCAGAGCGAGCGCACCGCCCCGUACCUAGAGUCCCGCAUCGACGCGUUCCUGACCUCCUUCCGCAAGACGUUCGAGGGCAUGUCGGAGCGCGACUUCGAGAACCACAAGCGCAGCGUGAUCAACAAGCGCCUGGAGAAGCUCAAGAACCUGGGCUCGGAGACCAACCGGUUCUGGUCGCACAUCGGCUCGGAGUACUUCGAUUUCGUGCAGAACGAGAACGACGCCGCCAACGUGCGCUCGCUGACCAAGGCGGAAAUCCUACAGUUCUACGGGCAGUUCGUUGAGCCCCAGUCGCCCACCCGGGCGAAGCUGGCGAUCCACCUGAAGGCCCAGGCCGGGGCACACGCGCACGCCAAGCCCGAGCAGCAGAAGUCCCAGCUGCUGUCGUUCUUCAGCAAGCAGCUUGAGACCGCAGGUUUUGCCGUGGACACGGAGCGGCUGACGGCGGCCUUCGCGAGUGUCGACGUGUCCGGCGGCGACGAGGCGCAUAUCCUGGCCACGCUCCGGGCGUUUUUGGGCUCCAUGAGCCUGUCUGAGCAGCAGACGAAGACCGUUCUUGAACCCGUGGAGGCCAACCUGGGUCUGCAGCUGAAGCAAGCCGGCAUCGCGCCCAAGAAGGUGGAGAGUGACGCCGCGUCCCAUUCGAACGGGGCUGUGAACGGCGCGAGCGACCCGCCCUCAUCCUACAUCACUAACGUGCCCGAAUUCAAGGCCCGGCUGGCCAUCAGCUCCGGCCCUAGCCCGGUGCUGGACCUCAGCGAGUUUGAGGACUUUGACGCCAAGCUGUGACCUUAGGGAGUAGAUUUCUUGAUACGGAUGGUCAGAAUGGAGUGUUUGGUUUGAGAGCCGGUAGAUUCGGUUGGAUAAUGUAGGAAUAGACAUGUUUUC